GUCUUAAAGCGGCGUGCGCGCGAGUGGCCGGCAGUGAUGGCGCGCCUCUUGCUAUUGGUGUUCGUUGCCGGCGUGUGCGCAGGCCAAGAUGGCAACACACCCAAACCAAAAAAAGUUCUCGACACCAUCAUGAACCCAGCGUACAUCCCGGCCGAAGAGAAACAUGGUUCCUAUUGGAAGAAAGCAGCAAGGACAACCAUCCAAGCAAAAGUAGCUGAAACACUGAAUACCAAUAAAGCUCAUAAUGGCAUACUGUUCGUUGGUGAUGGGAUGUCCCUGGCUACCGUCAUGGCGGCGAGGACGUUUGGUGGACAGCUGAAUAAUGGUCUUGGGGAGGAAAACGUUCUGGAGUUCGAGAGAUUCCCUGUCACUGGAUUGGCUAGGACAUACUGCCUCGACGCUCAAGUUCCGGACUCAGCCUGCACCGCCACAUCUUACCUCACUGGCGUUAAGACGAAAUACGGAGUCAUCGGGCUUGAUGGCAACGUGACGAGGGCCGCUUGCAGCCCUCAGCUUCAUAAGGGCAACUGGGCUACGUCUAUUGGACAGUGGGCGCUAGACCAAGGAUUGGAUGUUGGUCUAGUAACAACGACGCGUGUAACCCACGCCUCGCCGGCGGGAAUGUACGCGCACUCGUCGGAACGUAACUGGGAGUCCGACGCGGACGUUCCGGACGAGUGCCUUCAGCUCGGCUGUCGGGAUAUCGCGCACCAGCUCGUUAUGAACAACCCGGGACGGCAGUUCAAGGUGAUAAUGGGCGGUGGCCGACGCGAGCUUCUACCCAAGAUACAGAACCCGUUGGUGAACAGUACCGGUAAGCGGUUAGAUGGGCUGGACCUCACGGAGUUGUGGCAUAUUGACAAAACGGAGAAGAACGUGACGCACCAGUACGUUACUGAUAGGAGCGAGCUAUUGAAGGUAUCAAACUCCGAAGAUCUACCCGAAUACCUGCUCGGCCUGUUUCAAGAUGAUCACAUGUCCUACCACCUACAGGCCGAGAAUCAGCCGACACUAGAGGAAAUGGUCGAGGUGGCCAUUAAAAUGCUGAGCAGGAGUCCCAAAGGAUUCUUCUUGUUUGUUGAAGGUGGCAGAAUAGACCACGCACACCACGACAGCCUCGCGCAUCUUGCCCUCGACGAAACCGUGGAAUACUCCAAAGCGGUCAAGAAAGCCAAAGAACUGACCGACCCUGAAGAAACCCUGAUCGUCGUGACCUCUGACCACGCCCAUACUAUGACCGUAGCUGGCUACCCUUCUAGGGGUAAUGAUAUAUUGGGUGUUGUGGAUACGGCGACUGGAGAUGAUGGGAAGCCAUAUACGACGAUUAGUUAUGCCAAUGGGAAAGGAAAGUCCAUUGGGGAUGAUGGGACGAGGGUGGAUGUGACUUUGCACCAGGCGUUUAUGGCACGUGACGUCAGCUACGUUUACCCCGGCCUUGUCCCACUUGACUCCGAAACCCAUGGGGGCGAGGACGUAGCGGUCUUCGCACGAGGACCUUGGCAACACCUCUUCACGGCCAGCUACGAGCAGACCGUAGUCCCCCACCUUAUAGCCUACGCCAUGUGUCUAUCAGAAGACCAGCAUGAGAACUGCAGGUUAAAGACUAGGUUUGGACGGUUUUACCCGUCUAGCGCGGUGUUGAAUAGACCUAGUUUGGUUAGUUUAAGUAUUUUGGCUGUGAUGGUUAGUGCUAAGUAUUUAUACUAUUUAUAGUUUAGAUUUAAGGUGUUUACGAGUAGUUGUUGUCUUUUGGGAUUAUGCUGUAGUUGUACCUACCUACCUUGAGGAUGUUUUUUUCUUGCUAACCAAAAAAGAACAAAAAAAUCUAAUGGACACCUUGAGUCAAAUGUCAACACAAGUAUGAAUUAUCUCAGAUGAUUUUUUGGGGCUUAUGACCUAAUCUGUUAAACAAAAGCCUUUGUUUCUUUUAAGAGCAGUCUUCAGCGCGUGCCAAAGCAACCAAUGUCGUUUAAAAAAGCAACUAUUGGGAUAGUAUUAAGGUACAAAUUUAUGUGACAGCUCGUUCAGAGAACAUUCAAGGUAUUUUCUUUGGAGAUAUCAAAACGUGUUAUCUCCAAAUGGUCUGCUUCAUGAAUUUUAACCAUUUAAAUAGAAUGUUAAAUUGUUUAUCAAACGGGCUUAUUCCCGUUACCAAGCAAUACUUAUAUCGAGGCUAUUAGUAGUAAGCAGUGUAACCACUGCAUGAAGGAAACAAUACCUUUCGUUUAACCGAAUAGGGCCCCAGCCCGAAAAAAAUAUCUGAGAUAUUUCUUAUACCCACAGCAUAAUAUUGAAAUGGAGUAACUACGAUUAGGUAUACAAUUAGAAAUACAAGAUCCCUCGCCAUAGGAAAAUAAAUAGCAAAAUAAUUUAUACGGCACUAUUUUUAAGCUCAUUAUAAUUUAUAAUAUUUACCAGUAUUCUAUUUCAUAAUAAUUAUACUUGAAUAACUUAUUUAACAGUUGAGUAUUGUGUUUAGUACUUCAAAAAAUACUUGUUUUUUUAUAUUUUCGACUUAGUUGUAAAAUGUGUCAAAGUUGCAGGUUAGAUCAAACUAAAACAAAUAUUCUUACUAUUUUAUAUUUCGUCAUUUUCCCUUGUUCUACUUUGUAGCAGGGCUCGGAACCGGUAUUUUUUAAAAACCCCGAAAUAGCCCAGUAUUUUGAAUUAUUUUAUGCUCUUUAGAUAGGACUGAAUCAUGUAUUUAGGUAACAACUUUGUAUUAUUAAAUUGUCCCAUUAAAAAUGAAAUAAUAAACCAAAGAACGAAAACGAACGUAAUAAUAACGGUAUUUUUGUAUGGAGCAAAUACCGGUUUCCGACCCCUGCUUUGUAGACAAUCUAUGUGCAUAAAAUAAUGAUAUGUAUAUAUAUAUAUGUUACCGUAAAACAUGGAAAAAUAAUUUCAACUAGGACAAACGCGUUUUCAAUAAAGUGGGUUUUUAUGGUAGUCCUAACUUAUACAAUAUGCAUAGGUAUAUUUUUGCAUUAUAUUUAACUAAUUAAAAAGAAAUUGUGAGGGAUCAAACACAGGCUGUUUAGUACUUUAACUUUAUUGUAAAUAGUUCCUCCUAUAUUAUAUAGUAAUUUUAUAUAUUUAUGAAAAAAUUGUUUUAAGUAGAAAAAUAAUCAUAUGUGAAAACAUCAAAAAAAUUGUGUGUAUUUAGUUAUACCCUAUGGUAUAUAAUAUAUGUGACGUUCCACGGAAAAGGUACCUUAUGGCGGCCGGCGCUUACGUCGCAUAGCGCCGCAAUAAUAUUGGAGUGGCGGUAAUAAUAGCGUAAGCGUCAACCGCCAUAAGGUAGGUACCUUUUUCCAUGGGACGUCACAUAUGGUAUGAUUGAUUAUUUGCCAAUACAAAUAUUCAAAAUAGUGACUGUGCAUUCCAUAGCUUAACUGUACUAAACUAAGUAUUUAAUUAAAAAAGAAAGAAUCAAUAGUAAAGUACAAAGAACAGUAUAAAUAAAAUUAUCAAAACAUUA